GAAUUGAUAUUCCUUUAGCUGAGUGAACAAAAAAUAAAUAAAAAUAUAUUCCUUUAGCUAUUUCCUUUUAUUUAUUUAUUUUUUUCUUUCUGAGUUUUUGUUUGAACCUAUUCAGUCGUAAUUCUCCUUAUGGAUUCAUCAUCUAGAUCUAAUUCUCACAAAGACUUUAAUAUCCGUUCUUUUAAAUCUUCAAAGCUAGGGUUUUUACUGUCUUGAAAAUCAUAUUAUUCUUCUAAAUUUAGCAAAAACACACACAUUACUUUCCAUUUCAGUCGUCUUGUCACACUCUCUCCCAUCUUUAAAGUCUCCCUUUUUAGCAAUAAUUCUCUCUCAUAAUUUUUUUCCUUCUGGUUCUUCUUCCUCUUCUCUCUCUCUCUUUACUUUCUCUUUAAUCACACUCGUUCUUGAAUCUUAAUUCAAGAUCUUCCUUCUGUUCAUCCAAUUCAUACUUUUCCUCUUGGGUUUUCAGAUCAAAUAAAAUUUACUGUUUUAGGGUUUUUCUUUCCCUUUUUACGAUGGCGAGAGAGAAGAUUCAGAUCAGGAAAAUCGACAACGCGACGGCGAGACAAGUAACUUUCUCUAAACGAAGAAGAGGUCUUUUCAAAAAAGCUGAAGAGCUCUCCGUUCUCUGCGACGCUGAUGUUGCCCUCAUCGUCUUCUCUUCCACCGGAAAGCUCUUUGAGUUUUGUAACUCCAGCAUGAGGGAAGUAUUAGAGAGGCAUAAUUUGCAGUCAAAGAACUUGGAGAAGCUUGAUCAGCCAUCUCUUGAGUUACAGCUGGUUGAGAACAGUGACAAUUCCCGGUUGAGCAAAGAAAUUGCAGACAAGAGCCACCAACUAAGGCAAAUGAGAGGAGAGGAACUUCAAGGACUUAACAUAGAAGAGCUGCAACAGCUGGAAAAGGCCCUUGAAGCUGGUUUGACGCGCGUGAUUGAAACAAAGAGUGAGAAGAUUAUGAGUGAGAUCAGUGACCUUCAAAGAAAGGGAAUGAAAUUGAUGGAUGAGAACAAGCGGCUAAGGCAGCAUGGAACACAACUAACAGAAGAGAACGAGCGACUAGGCAAGCAAGUAAGUCGGAUAUAUAAUAAUAUGCAUGAAAGAUACGGUGGUGUUGAGUCGGAGAAGACCGCCGUGUACGAGGAAGGGCAGUCGUCAGAGUCCAUUACUAACGCCGGAAACUCAACCGGCGCUCCUGUUGACUCCGAGAGCUCCGAUACCUCUCUUAGGCUCGGCUUACCGUAUGGCGGUUAGAGAUGGAACCAUACAAAGAAGUUCAUGGAGUGAGGAGAUGCUCUGUAGUAACAAGUGGCAAUGUAGUAAUUUCUCUUGUUUGAUGUAAGUUUUUGUCUGAGGAAGAGGUUUUCCUUUUAUGUUCUCUUUGAUAUUAUUAGCUCUCUUCACUGCA